AUGAAUCCGGCGACAAAGCGACCACGGAAACGGACGACGUUCAGCGUCGAGCAGCUCGUUCUUCUGGAACAAUAUUUCAGUCAACGUCAAUACAUUUGCGCGGAUGAGAGAGCACGAUUAUCAAUUCGAUUGGGCUUAGAGGAAGUUCAGAUCAAAAUUUGGUUCCAAAAUCGUCGGAUUCGUUGGCGACGCGAUUUAAACAAGCCGUGA